CCAAAAUGACAAAUGUUUCGACCUUUAGCAGCGGCUGUUUUGAAAAGUCGCCCGUUUGCCGUCUUAAUUGCUCAUACGUCAAGGAAAGUACUUAGGAAACAACAACUGAGAGAUUCUAACGUUAUUGAUUUGCAUUCACCAGAAGCGUUAAAUCACAAACAGGUGUAUGUAUUUGGUUUCUCGGCUACUGGAGCUCUCGGCAAAGGGGAGUAUCUUGGUCUAAAUGGGAAAUGUGGUACCCACCACACUGUGGGUGUUUCACAUCCUGUUGCUCUGACUCACUUGUCAGGUAAACGGAUUAAACCGAUAAAAUCUGCAUGUGGAUACGGUUUUACAACAUAUAUAUGCGAAAGUAGUAAUUCGGAUUUUGGCGUAUAUGGAUGUGGCAUCAAUAGUGAUGGUCAGUUAGGACCACAGUCUUCGGGAAUUCAAGGCAAACUUGCUUCAGGAGAUUCAGUAAAUGUUGUUCCUGAGCCCGCGAGAGUUGACAUACAUCUUACUCAGGCAGAAAAGCAAAUAUAUCGGCCUUCUCAUGUGGCAUGCGGCCGGGCUCACACUAUUAUUUCAUAUGAAAAUUUGAAAGAAUCAUCUGAAAAUACUCCUCCACUUGUUUUCAGUUUGGGUAAUAAUGUUUUUGGGCAGUGUGGCCGAGAAAUAAUCGCUGGUGAAAAGUAUGGUCAAGAUAUUGCAGUAAUCACAAGAAUUAGUAUACCUCCACAGAUCAAGUCUAUUAAACAAAUUGUUUGCGGUCAAGAUCAUAGCCUUUUGCUUAGUUCAGAUGGUGUUGUUUAUUCCUGUGGACUUGGAUCAGAUGGACAGACGGGUUUAGGCCAUUACGAUACAGUUGAUCGUUUCACUCCUGUUAAGGGUGAAUUAGAAAAUGAACGUGUUUGUUUACUAUCAUCUCGUGGCGACACUGUUCUUGCGCUUACUGAAUCCAACAAACUUUUUGCCUGGGGUAAUAAUGAAUACGGACAAAUAUGGCCAAUCGAUCAAGCUGUACAAGUUGCAGAACCUGUUCAUUUGAAUUUAGAUCAGUGUAUUGUCCCACCGGAGUCAAAUGUCCCAGCAGAUAGUGUUCAUAUUGGAGAGAUACAGUCAAUCGGUUGCGCUGGUUCUAUGUGUUGUAUAGUCAAUAAAAUUGGACAGGUGUUUGUCUGGGGUUUCGGAUGUAUUGGAUUAGGUCCAAAAGUGAACUGUGCACCACGGCCAACAUUAAUCCCUCCAGGUUUAUUUAUGCCAGCAAGUGUGAACAGUCCAUCACGGAUAAAUUAUAUCGCCUCCGGCUUAUAUCAUUUCAUUGCUCAAAAUACUGAUGGUUUAUUAUGGGCAUGGGGAGCGCCACGUGGUGGGUUAUACUGUCUUGGUUUAGGUGCACAAGUGACAAAAUCAGCAACUGAUCAAACCUUUCCAAUGCCGUUGCUUCUUCCAAUUAAAGCUACACAAGUAGUGUGCGGUGUUGAUCACACUGUGUUUCUACGAGUUGUUCAAACCAGUACAUUGUGCAGUUGUUUCCCAUGGGAAAAGUAUAAUGCUUAUGAUGUAUUAGGAGUGAAAAAAUCUGCAACAGCUGAUGAAAUUAAAUCAGCCUAUUAUAAUUUAUCGAAAAGUCUACAUCCUGACCGAUUGUCCCAUUCGAAUCCAGAUAAAUUGAAAAGACAAGAGUUUCAAUUAGUGUCGUCUGCAUACACCUUGCUUCGAAAUACAGAAACUCGAUCACAAUAUGAUGCAUAUUUGGAGACUGGUUGUUGGCUACAGCACAACAAAAAUGAUGUUGUAUCCAAUUUCGAUAUUGAAUUUCAACGAGCUCGUGAAUUGUUCAUGCGAAAUCGAAAAUUUCAACGGAAUCAUUCGCAAACCGAUAAAUAUGAACGAAACGUUUCUGAAGCUGUGAAAAGCGAAGUGAAAAAAGACAAUGUUAAACCUAAAACAGUCUUAGAUUAUGACUAUUAUAAUUAUGAUUCUUCUUCUUCUUCGAGAACACAACCUUCUGUAUACUUCACAGCCUCUUACAUUGUAGGCAUUACAUUUAGUUUAUUUUUCAUAUACUACUGUUUAGUACAGUCGAAAUGA